AAAUGUAAAAAUUUGUUGGAAAAUAUUCUUUCAAUAUGAAUCAUCUAUUAGGUAGAGGAGCAUAUGGAACUGUUUAUAAAGGAAUAUCAAAUGAUGGAAUACCUGUUGCAAUUAAAGUAAUUGAUAGAAGAAUGAUUAAUCAAGUAACUUAUAUAAAAUAACAAUUUAGACUAAUACUUAAUAAUUACUAAAUGAAAUUAGAUCAAUGAAGUAACUUAAUCAUAAAAAUAUUGUUAAAUUUUUAGAUUUCUAUGAAACUCAAAACAAUUUUUAUAUUAUAUCAGAAUUUUGUAAUGGUGGUGAUUUAAGAGAAAUAAUCAAAAGAGGUAAAUUAGACUCGAAUUCUGUAAUCAAUAUCCUAAGACAAAUCUUAUAUGGGUAUUGAAUGAGAUCUAUAUAGUUAUUAUUCACUUUAUUAAAACUCAAUAAUUCAUAGAGAUUUAAAACCAGCUAACAUACUUUUACAUUAAGGAAUUCCUAAACUAGCAGAUUUUGGAUUUGCAAAGAAAAUAGAUUUUGAAAAUGAUUUAAUGACAAGUAUUGCCGGUACUCCUCUUUAUAUGGCUCCUUAAGUUAUAUUAAGAUAACCUUAUACGUCUAAAUGUGAUAUUUGGUCUCUAGGUAUGAUUUUGUAUGAAUUACUAUUCUAAAAACCUCCCAUAAUUGCUGAUAAUAUAAUUUAAUUGUAAGAAAAAAUUUGUAAACCAAUCGUUGUACCUUAAUUAGAUAAUUCUUAUUUAUAAUAAUUAAUUUAAGGAUGUUUAUAAAUUAAUGAAGAAAAUAGAAUUAAUUGGGAUGAAAUUUAUUAGAGUCCACUUAUUUAAGAAUAAUGUAAUUAAAAAAGACAAUUAGCUGAAGUAUUAGUCGAAGUAGAGCCUAAAUAAACAGAUUAUAGAAAAUUUUUAAUAAAAAAUUAUUUGUAAAUUGAAUUUGAAGCUAAUUAAAGAAUAUAUUUGAAUUAAUUAAAUUUUGCAAGAAGUGCAUUUAAUUUUAGUUUGUACAUUCAAAAACUUGAGUAAUAAUUUUUAGAUUUGGCUUAAAAAUUAAGAUGUUUUUCAUUCUAUUGGUUACUUUAAGUAGAAAAGUCAUAAUUUUUAAAAGAACAAUAAAAGUUUUUAAGUGAUGAAAGAGGAUAAUUUUGUUUAAAACAAUUAAAACAAAUGAAAUAAGCUUUUAUUGAUAAUACUCCAGAGAGUAAUAUUGAAUCAUUAACUUUUAAUAUAAUAAAUCUGAUAUAAUUACUUGAAGAAUACUUUUCGAAGUUGUCUGUUAAUUUAAAAUCUUUAAAUAGAAAUUAAUUAUUAGCUACAUAUAUGAUAAAAUAUUUAUCAAAGACAUUGAGUAUGGUUAAAUUAAAUGAAUGUUUUUAUGUAGCAGAUCUUUAAGAAAUAUAAAAAUUAUCAGAUAAAGAAAUUAUUUAAAGGAUCUUAGAAUCUUGA